AUGGAAGAUAUUGCAGCUGUGAGUAAGAUCUAUUUCACAGGACCACCCGUGGGUCAACAACCGGUGGUACUGAUGAAAGCGGCGAUUCCGGCGCAGGAAAACGUGGAAAAAGGGGAUUCGCGGCAUCUGCGUCGAACAAGUCCAAAGUUGUUCCCUGCUUUGCUCGAAUUUACGGGAGAAGGAUAUCUGAGGGAAGUCAAAGAAGGAGAACUGGAUAUAGAUUUCGAUUCUCUAGAGUGA